CGUCGUAUUGGAGCCCCACGUAAUACGUAUCCAUCACACUUUCACUUCCAUUUUUGGGUAUUUGAUCAAGGUGCCCGAGAAAGUUUUCCCGCGCUUUCUGAACAGUCUAAACCCUAAAUCGAUACGAUGGCUCCAAAAUCCGAUAGCGCCGAAGGAAUCGUUCUCAAUUUCGUCAACGAGCAAAACAGACCCCUGAAUUCUCAAGUUGUUGCUGAUUUCCUGCAAAAAUUUAACUUGAAAAAGACCGCUGUACAGAAGGCUCUCGAUAAUCUUGCUGAGGGUGGAAAAAUAACCUUCAAAGAAUAUGGUAAACAGAAGAUAUAUCUUGCUAGACAAGAUCAAUUCGAGAUACCAAACACCGAAGAGCUUAAUCAAAUGAAGGAAGAAAAUGCCAGAUUACAAGAGAUGCUGGAAGAACAAAAAAAGUCAAACAGUCAACUUGAGGGAGAGAUUAAGUCUCUGCAGUCAAACCUAACGCUAGACGAGAUACAAUCGAAAGAUGUUCAGCUAAGAAAGCAGGUCAAAGAAUUGGAAGAAAGAUUGACUAAAUUACGCGAAGGGGUAACUUUGGUAAGCCCCGAAGAACGAAAGCUUGUUGAGAAAACAUUCUCAGAUGCAAUCAGUCAUUGGAGAAAGAGGAAGAGGAUGUUUAAAGACGUUUGGGAUACUAUUACUGAAAACUCACCCAAAACUCCAAAUGAGUUUAAGGAGGAACUUGGUAUCGAAUAUGAUGAAGAUAUCGGUGUGAGCUUGCAGACGUAUGCUACUUUGAUGCCACACGGGAAUAAGCGUCUUAGGGGAAAGUAGCUUUCAUCUAGCAUGGCACAUUUAUAAAUAAAUGUUUUAGCAAGUAAGAUUUAUAAAUUAGUAGUCUCGUUAUGGGGAAAAUUGUUGACGGUUAUGACCUUGAUAUUGAAUUAGUCUUUCUAGUUUCUAUAUGU